AUGUCUAUAAGCUCAUCGUCAAGAAUCACAGAUUACUUCAUCAAUCCUCCUAAGGAAACACCUCCUAAGGCAGAGGAGAGCGUAAUAAAGUACCCGUCUCUCGGUUGUGCUGGAGUGCUUAGUUCUGCUACAGUAGGAAGUGUAGCAACACAAUUGUCACAACCUAUGUUCCUUAACAAUUUCGGAAUUAAUGUUGAUGCAGCACUAACUGAUGAUAAAGGAGAAAGAAACGAAGCAGAAAGAAAUUUAGAGAAGGUGUUUUCACAGGACAUUAUUGAUGACGCUUUGUUUAAAAUAACACAAAGAAAAUCUAAUAUUAAGGUUGGAGAAAACCACUCAUGUGCUCUUGUUAAUUGUAAUUUGUUUUUGUCUAUUAGAUUUACAGAUAUGAAAGUGGAUAUGAACGGAAAAGAGUUAAUACUUAAAGCUUCAGAUGACGUUACUCACCACUCCAAAUUCUCUAAUCAAAGAGAAGAAGAAAAAGCCUCUUUUGAUCUAACAGACGACGAGAAAUCCUUCAAUCUUUUAUUGUAUUACAUGCAAAGUGUGUUGAGGGACACGUUGAAACCAGAUUAUUACGUUAUGCUUAAUCAAUGUAAAUUUGUUACGGACCUUUUUGGCAAAAACAUUGUUGAGAUGUUCAGAGCAGAAUCCAAAGAAAUGAGGGAGGAUUUUUUUGCAGAUUUUUUGAAAGUUAUUAUGCUGUCUCAAAGGCAAUGCUUAGUGUUGAUGGAGCAACUUGAAAAGAAAACAGGUUAUAUUUAUCCCAUUAAGGCUCCAAGUAUGGGGAAUGCUGGCGAUUUUUACAGACUUUCAAUGACAACAGUUCUCCCUUCGGAAUUAUUUUACUUUCUAUUAUUCGAAUUGCAAAUUACAAAUCCAACUUUCACACAAUUCAAAUUGGCAUCAAUCAUCCAACAGUUAAAAAACAAAAAGACCGAUGUAAAGGCAGUCAUAGAUAACAAAAAGAGCGUUUCUGAUGAAAAUAUACGUCUCAUGGACAAUCGUUACAAAAGUCUUGAACAAAAACUAACAAUACUAGAAAGCUUUUACCCAGAAUUCUUAAGAGAUCAAAAUAUUGUUAUAGAUAACACUGCAUGCUGUUCAGCCAUCGAUAAACUCCAAGCAGGAAUUGCUAUUAAAGGAAGCAUAAUUUCUAAUGAAAAAGAUGUUAGAAGUCUUUUUUUGGAUUGUCAAAUUAUUUCUAAAUAUGUAAUUGAACUCACUAAGAGAGUGUUAAGAGAAUUAGGAGUUGAUAUGAGUCUUAUUAUCACUAACACCGGAAAGGAGUUGAGUGAUAUAGACAUUGACAACCAUUUUGAUUGUCUAAAUAUUAGAUUCAAAAGAAUGCCAACAAACAGAAAUAACAGAUCUCGUGUCUUCAUUGUUGAGAAAUAUUUGAAUGAUAAAUGGUCCAAAACUCAUAUAAUCAAACACUAUGAUGACAAAGAUUACUUUGACAACGAAACUUAUAGCAACCCUUUAGUUCUUAAUAAGCAUCACCGUGACCAAGUCCCUAACCUUUUUGUAGCAAUUAUGCCAUUUAUUGUUCAUGAUCAUUCAUAUUGUACCCAAGAAAACAUGCUUAAGAUACUGUACUCUGCAUCUCUAUACACAGGAGUAGCUGUUGUGUGGAAAGUUAAAAUUACAUACAGAAAUGUUGGUACAGCAACUAUUUAUGCUGGAAGUUUCAGUACUUUGAAUAAUAAUUAUUGCAAUGUCAUUUAUGCUACCAAUUGUAAACUUAUCAAACCAACAAGUGUAACUUUCUUUCAAGAUGGGACUAUGGCAAUAGCUGAUGGUAGUAGAGUUAUUAUGGUUAGUAAAGACCAAACGGCUUACCCAGCCCCUUUUUCCAUGAGUGUUACUAAUCCUAUUCAUGUUGUUGCAUAUUAUGCUUCCAACAUGUUAGUUUCUGAUGCAGGUUUAUCACGUUUCAUUCAAUUCAAUAAGGAUCAAGCUCAACCAAAUACCAAUGAAGUUUUGCGUAAUGGAUGGUCAGGAAAUACAUAUUUUGGUAUUGUUAAACAAGCUGAUAAUUCCAAGAAUGUGUUUUUCCUCACAUCUCAAGAUCGCAAUAACCAAAGAAAUCAAGUUGCUUUGUUUAAUUUUAUUGACAGCGAUUUACCAAGCACCAGUAUAACAACACUGUAUGGCAUGUAUAGUUCUUUCAAUUUUGACAAUCCACAUAAUGCUUUGGGCAUUUACUUGCCUGAGCCACAACAAAUGAGAUUGACUUCUAGUAAUCAAUUAUAUUUCCCAGUUUUCAAUUCUGCUGUUGUUAAAGUUGGGGGUUGGGUUUGG